AUGUUAAAACAACUUGUUUUAAUUACUUUGGUUUGUGCUGUAUUUGGCUAACUCCAAAACGAAGCACUUCCUCCCCAUAAGAGUUACAAGCCUUAUGUUAUUUCCAAUGCAGAAUUUAACUCUGUUCUCCCUUCCAACUUCACUUGGCAAAAUGUUAAUGGAACUGACUAUUUGACUUUAGUUAGAAAUUAACAUAUCCCUCAAUAUUGUGGUUCUUGCUGGGCUCAAGCUGCUUCCAGCACUCUUGCUGAUAGAAUUAAAAUUGCCAGAAAAGCUUAAUGGCCUGAUGUUGUUAUUGCUCCUUAAGUCUUAGUUUCUUGUGAUGAAUACUCCAACGGAUGUCACGGAGGUAACUCUGGUACUGCCUUCUAAUGGAUUAAAGAACACAACAUUACUGAUGAAACCUGCUCUCCUUAUCAAGCCUACGGUCACGAUAACGGACUUGGUUGCUCUGCUUAAAUCAUGUGUAAGAACUGCAUGCCUAACAAGGGUUGCUGGGCCUAAGAAAAUGCUAAGGUCUACACUGUUGCUGAAUACGGUGAUGUUAAAGGAGAAGCUUAAAUGAUGUAAGAAAUCUUCAACAGAGGUCCUAUUGCUUGUUAUAUCUACGCUACUGAAUAUUUGAGAUACAACUACACUGGCGGUAUUUACAAUGACACCAGUUCAUAUCCAGGAACCAAUCACGUUAUCGAAGUUGUUGGUUGGGGUGAAGAAAAUAAUGAAAAGUAUUGGAUUAUCAGAAAUUCUUGGGGAUCUUAUUGGGGUGAAAAGGGUUUCUACAGAUAAUUGAGAGGAGUUAACAUGCUUAACAUCGAAAGCAGCAAUUGUAACUGGGCUGUUCCUUUGGAUACCUGGACUAAUGACGUCAGAAAUACUACUAAGGUUACUGAAGUCUCUAACAACCACACAAACAAUUUCAGACAUACCACUUGCAUUCGUGAAUCUAACAAGAAUUCUACCUAACUCAUUACUGGUCCUCUUCCUCAUGAAUACAUCAAUGCUGCCUCUCUUCCUGCUAACUGGGAUUGGAGAAACAUCAAUGGAGUUAACUAUCUCUCCUUCACCAGAAACCAACAUAUUCCUCAAUACUGUGGUUCAUGCUGGGCUCACGGUACUACUUCUUCCCUUGCUGAUAGAAUCAACAUUGCUAGAAAUAGAACUUGGCCUGAUAUUGCUUUGAGCGUUUAGGUUGUUCUUAACUGCUAAGCUGGUGGUUCAUGCAAUGGUGGCUAACCUAUGGGUGUUUACCAAUUCGCUAAUAAAUAAGGUAUCCCUGAAGAAUCAUGCCAAAACUAUCUUGCUGCUGAUCCCAAGAAAGCUACUUGUUCAGAUACUUAACGUUGUCUUGACUGCACAAGCCCUAUUCCCACCAACACCACAGUUAAUCCUGGAACUUGUUGGGCUGUUAAAUAAUAUCCUAACUGGAAGGUCUCUUAAUAUGGUAGCGUCACUGGUGCUGACAAGAUGAAGGCUGAAAUUUAUGCUAGAGGUCCUAUCUCUUGUGGUAUCUAUGUAACCAACAAGUUCGAAGCCUAUACUGGUGGUAUCUACAAAGAAAGCACUGCAUUCCCUAUGAUCAACCACGAAAUCGCUGUCGUUGGUUGGGGUACUGAUCCUCAAACUGGUGUUGAAUAUUGGAUUGGUAGAAACUCUUGGGGUACCUACUGGGGCGAAAAUGGUUUCUUCAGAAUUCAAAUGCACAAAUAAAAUUUAGCCAUUGAAACUGACUGUUCUUGGGGUGAACCAAUUGUCGAGUGA